GAAUGUCUAUCGAACAACAUCUCGAUCUUAAAGGUCGAAUGGUUUCACGCUGGACCGGUUAGACCACUGAAUUACAUCCGCGACCACCAUCCGCGACAGCGUCUGUUCUCAGCUCCGUGCCACAUACUUAGUGUGUGUCGUGUGUCUAGUAAAGUGGAAUAAUAAUAUAAUCGUUAGUCAGCGGGUCGUACAUUUUGCACAGGUUAUUACUGGCUGGUUUAUCCUGAGGUAUAAAUCUAUUUUAGUGCAGAAGUAGAGUAAUUUGCGAAAAUGUGAUGAAAUCGAAUGGAUAAGAGUGGUACUAAAACUUUUGCGAGAAAGUCGCGACAUAAAAAAGACCGUAAUUUGAGAUGGAAGUGGUACGAUUUUCUAUAAUAGAAGAUCAGAUGAAGUGGAAAGAUGAGUGCCACGUGUACUGCCAGGACGUCGAUGACGAGGAAGGUGCCCCGGACACGUCGUACGAGCGACCGAAAUCGAUCCCGGACGGACGCUAUCGACACAGCAUAUCCAGCGAAAGCGAUGUGGCUGGAGUGGAAAUCACAUCUCCGAAUCAGCCAAAUGAUUUGUGUUCCAGCAGUAGGGAGGGACAAGACGAAAUUUGGGCCUUUUCGGAAAUCGAAGCCUCCCUUAAAAGGCUACCAGAUGCGGAAAAGAUCGGAGAGCUUUUGGACAGUCACGUGCCCCUAGAGAAUAUUCUGCGAGAGCAUAGAUACGACAAUGGCAGUAUGCUCUUGCUUGCUGUUUGGGCCAGUAAACAUAAUGUGCUCCAAAAGUUGCUCGCGCUAACCGAUCGAAAGGUUGACGUAAAUGCGGCCGAUCUCUCCGGACGAACGGCGCUACAUAUUGCGUGCUACGUAGGCGAUUAUCGAGCGGUGGAUAUUUUACUACAACAUGGUGCUAAGACACAACUUUGGGACAAAGAUCAGAAAGCUACUCCUCUGCACUGUGCUGCUAGCUGCGGUAGCGUCGAAUGUAUCGCGCGGCUAAUCGAAAAGGGUGCCGACAUUAACGCCGGUAUCGAGAACCAUUCCCCCCUCCAUUACGCAGUUCAGCGCAAUAGUCGGAAGUGCGUUGAAUUAUUGCUAACAAACGGUGCUAAUCCAAACACCCCGCAAGUGUAUACCCAAACUCCGCUGCACGUAGCAGCGUCUAAUGGAUUCGUAGACAUUAUGAAACUAUUACUAGAUCACGGCGCAGACGCUCGGUCGCAAUACGGAAAGAAAAAGAUCACGGCGCUACAUUUGGCAUCAUCCGAGAACUACUUGGAAUGUGUAGAACUACUGAUUACGGCCGGAGCCGAUAUCGACGCUCGAAACCAAGACCAACAAACGCCGCUGCAUUUGGCUUGCCUUUCGCAGUGCCACGAAACGGUCACCUAUCUGAUAGAGCAGAAGGCAGAUGUUCAUGCGGUUUAUCGGGACGGCCGAACGGCGCUGCAUGCUUCCAUCGUGAAGGAAUCUCGCUUCUGGGAUUGCACGCUAAGUUUACUAAAGGCAAAGGUCGACGUUAAUCGGGCGGACAACUUCGGCUACACACCGCUGCAUAUCGCCGCACUAAACGAAUUUAGCAGUUGCGCUUUUAUGCUGAUCGAGUACGGAGCAGAUCUUACGGCCCGCACCAAUGGAGGAGUUUCGGCCUUAUCGUUCAUUAUACGGCGAACACCGGAGAUUAUUCCCAAGUUUAUUGGCAAGCUGGAUGCGGCAAUCAGCGUAAAUAGUAUCAACGAGAUUGGGGACGUUGACUGUGAGAUCCGGUUAGACUUUCGUCCGCUGGUUCCCAACAAUGAUCGGGGCGAAACAGAGCUACUGCUGGCAUUCAUCGAUGUCGGACAGCGGAGAAUCCUAAAGCAUCCCUUGUGUGAGACGUUUCUGCUGCUCAAGUGGAGACGGAUACGAAAGUUUUUUCUGUUUAGUUUGUUCUACCAUGGGCUAUUUGUGCUGCUGUUUACGGUCUUCGUUCUAGGGGUGUACGUUAAGAAAUGUCAAGGCGGGAUGCAGACCUGCCAGACCGAGGCUUACGUUCCGGUCAUCGGUUACGUGGUAAUUUUUCUCAAUUUACUUCUGAUAUCGAAGGAGAUAUUUCAGAUUAUGCAUUGGUUUCUGGGUUACAUCCGGUAUUGGGAAAACUGGUUAGAACUUGCAACCGGAACUGGGAUAUUUUUGUGCACUUUCAAUCCUACCAUAGAGAUCAGCUCACAUCCGACUUGGCAACAUCACUUAGCAGCAAUCGUUAUCUUUCUUGCCUGGUUAGAGCUUAUGAUGCUGGUUGGGCGCUUUCCGAUCUUUGGACUGUACGUUCAGAUGUUUACGACGGUAGCAGUAAACUUCUCCAAAUUCUUAAUGGCCUAUUGCUGUUUGCUGGUGGCAUUCGGGUUGAGCUUCCGUGUGCUUUUCUCAGACUACAAAGCAAACAAUGACAUUUGGGCGAGUUUGUUAAAAACGAUCGUCAUGAUGGCCGGCGAACUGGAGUUCGAAGACAUGUUCUACAACGAUGACGUACAAAUUAAAUACCCAGGAACAGCCCAUGUAAUGUUUCUGGCCUUUGUGCUGCUAGUAACUGUCAUCUUAACUAAUCUUCUGGUUGGUUUAGCUGUUAGUGACAUCCAAGGACUACAGCAAUCUGCAGGACUGGACCGCUUAUCGCGGCAAGCCGAACUUAUAUCCCGCUUAGAGGGUCUAAUGUUUUCCAAGAUCCUCCGAAAGGUGCCGAUAAGUUUGUGGGCUAUUUUCCAGGAGAUCGCGUUGCUCAAAACUUCCCCUCUGCGAUUACACUUCCGUGUCAAACCGAACGACCCCAGGGAGAAAAGGAUUCCGAAGGAGCUUAUCACUUCAAUCUACAAACUGGUAGCGGAGCGACGCGAACGAACCCAAUCAAUGAAGCGAAAGCGAACCCAUCGCAAUCUACAGACGUUCGAAGAGCGGCUGGAGGAAGACGAUUCGGUAACACUACGAAGGAAACGUUUUCAGAACCAUCACAAAAAUAGAACAGUGUCGGAAAACCCGUAUUUACUGAAAACAGCACGAGCACCGGAUCAAACCAUAGGUUCAAAACCAAUUUCGGUGCAUGAACCACAGUGGAAGUCGUUCGCAGACGGACAAAAACAGAUUCUAAAAAAAUUGGAUGACAUGUCCCAAGAGAUUGAUGUACUUAAGGCGAAAAUUAAAUCUUCUUGAUACAGAAUAAAAUUUUUUAAAAAAUUAUUACACAUUGAA